UUAUCGGAGACGAUGAUUUUUUCCUCUUUUUCCUUCUUCGUUUCUUUCAAUCGCAACUAAGGACUUUUGAAUAUUUUUUUCAGCUGGAUUCGCGUCGAACACAAUUUAUCCGCUCGCGAGCCGAGUGUGUUCGUUUUCCGUCCGAGAUCUCUCAGGAUACGCGUAUCUACAGCGUUCCAAGCGCAAGAAAUGAACAGUUAUCGGAAGAAAGGCUGUUGCGGCACUCUUACCUGCACGAAUUCCAGAACGCAUCCAAUGAGAGAGGUUGUUUUUCAGCGAUUCACGAAAGAUACAUUUUUCCUAUUGGGUAUUGGAAAAAGUGUCGCAACCGUGUCCUACUAACUGAGGCUGCUUCCCGACAAGAAGCACGAGUCGACAUAAGUCUAGUAUCAUCAUUUGUCCCUAUUUCGCAUUUGAUAAAGGAAAGGAUAUCAGAUGAUACAACUAGAUUUGUGUCGACUUGCGUUUUUCGCUGGACCUGAAUGUGUAACGCGGUUGAAUAUGUUUAUUAGUUAAACACCAUUACGGAGAUGAAACAUAACGGGAAGCCCGACGACAACAAAAAUAACAUCGCGUCGACCGACGUCUUUUUAUGAUUGGUAGCGGUCUAUUUAUUAUCUCGCCAACCGGAUCCAUAGGAAAGUUAUCGCCUGCAAUAUUAGCGGCCUGCGCAGCGUUGUCGUCAACGAACAUGCGCGUUUCGCUUCGCGAAGAGGCGUUUUACAGGAGGGAAAAGAGUCGAGCGCGUAUUGUCGGAGAUCGCGAAAGAAUGGACGAAGAACGAAAAACGUCGGAACGUGACAAAGUACAUUGGCGAAGGACCAAUGUGCGCGUCUCAUGUGUCGCCGUCGAAUUAUUCUCGCAUGGUUUUCGAAUUCCGUCGCAUCCCCGCGUAAUAAGCGACGGGCGACACGAUUGUAACUGGUGGCGCGAAAAAUUCGCAAGCGCCACUCGCGCGCCCAUUGGCCGCGUCGCGGCCAAUGGGCGCCGCGCUAGCGGACGCCAUUGCGAAGGGCAGUAGUCUCGGUUUGGUGUCGUUCGCAGUGUGUGUUGUGGGGAAGCGUGUAGUGCGGCCAGUGGGUCUUGUGUUAAAUUUUUUACUUAUUUAUUAGUGGUUAUCUGGUCUUAUUCGUCCGGCGGUCGCGACAAUGUAUCCCGCAGGACAACCUCCCCCACCUGGGCCGUCAACGAGCGGUGGUUCUGUUGGGGCAGCUGGAGCAGCUGCUAGCAGUGUCGCAGCUCCUAGUUCUAUGGGGCUUGUACCCGCACAACAGCCACAUCCUCCUCAAGCAUCAGAACUGCCAACGUUUACAUGCCCUCGGAGACCAAAUAUAGGGCGAGAAGGUAGACCGAUUGGUCUGAGAGCCAAUCACUUCCAAAUUACUAUGCCGCGUGGCUACGUACAUCACUACGACAUUAAUAUACAACCUGACAAAUGCCCUCGGAAAGUUAAUAGAGAAAUCAUAGAGACUAUGGUUCAUGCGUAUACUAAAAUAUUCGGAACUCUCAAGCCUGUGUUUGACGGCAGAAAUAACUUGUACACAAGGGACCCCUUGCCCAUCGGUAGUGAUAAAUUAGAAUUAGAGGUUACACUGCCUGGUGAGGGUAAAGACCGAGUUUUCAGAGUGGUUAUCAAGUGGUUGGCGCAGGUUUCAUUAUUUGCUUUAGAAGAGGCUCUAGAAGGACGAACUAGACAAAUUCCGUAUGACGCUAUUCUCGCUUUAGACGUUGUAAUGAGGCAUUUACCAUCUAUGACAUACACUCCAGUAGGUAGAUCGUUCUUCAGCACUCCGGAUGGGUACUAUCAUCCGUUAGGCGGGGGCAGAGAGGUAUGGUUCGGAUUCCAUCAGUCGGUGAGACCGUCGCAAUGGAAGAUGAUGUUAAAUAUCGACGUUUCUGCCACUGCCUUCUACAAAGCACAGCCGGUCAUAGAGUUUAUGUGCGAGGUGUUGGAUAUCCGAGAUAUCAACGAGCAGAGGAAGCCAUUGACCGAUUCUCAGCGAGUAAAAUUUACCAAAGAAAUAAAGGGUCUCAAGAUCGAGAUAACUCACUGCGGAGCUAUGAAGCGAAAGUACAGAGUGUGCAAUGUUACACGUAAGCCAGCCCAAAUGCAAUCAUUUCCGCUGCAGCUGGAAAACGGGCAGACAGUCGAGUGUACGGUUGCCAAAUACUUCUUAGACAAAUACAAAAUGAAGUUGCGCUUCCCACAUCUUCCUUGCUUGCAAGUUGGUCAAGAACACAAACACACGUAUCUGCCGCUCGAGGUUUGCAAUAUCGUUGCCGGACAACGCUGCAUUAAGAAGUUGACCGACAUGCAGACCUCGACUAUGAUCAAGGCAACGGCACGUUCCGCGCCGGAUCGUGAACGGGAGAUUAACAAUCUGGUUAGGAGGGCCGAUUUUAACAAUGACUCUUACGUACAAGAAUUUGGGCUGACUAUAUCGAAUAAUAUGAUGGAAGUCAGGGGUCGUGUCUUACCUCCGCCCAAACUGCAGUACGGAGGGCGCGUAAGUUCCCUCAGUGGACAGACGAAGCAGCAAGCGAUGCCUAAUCAGGGCGUGUGGGAUAUGCGUGGAAAGCAAUUUUUCACGGGGGUAGAGAUCAGAGUGUGGGCGAUCGCUUGCUUUGCGCCGCAGAGAACGGUGCGCGAGGACGCGCUGCGUUCAUUUACGACGCAACUUCAGAAAAUCAGCAAUGAUGCGGGUAUGCCCAUCAUCGGGCAGCCGUGCUUUUGUAAAUACGCCACCGGACCGGAUCAAGUCGAACCCAUGUUCAGAUAUUUGAAAUCAACUUUCCAAGCGCUGCAGCUAGUUUGCGUUGUACUACCAGGCAAAACUCCUGUAUAUGCCGAAGUGAAAAGAGUGGGGGAUACAUUGUUGGGUAUGGCAACUCAAUGCGUGCAGGCGAAAAAUGUCAACAAAACCUCACCGCAGACGUUAUCCAAUCUCUGUCUCAAAAUAAAUGUGAAAUUAGGAGGCAUCAAUAGCAUUUUAGUACCUAGUAUAAGACCGAAAGUGUUUAACGAACCUGUUAUAUUUCUUGGGGCUGACGUGACCCACCCUCCGGCGGGCGACAACAAAAAACCUAGCAUAGCCGCUGUGGUGGGUAGCAUGGACGCUCACCCAUCUCGAUAUGCAGCGACCGUUAGAGUUCAACAGCAUAGACAAGAGAUUAUCCAGGAACUCAGUUCGAUGGUUAGGGAAUUGCUUGUAAUGUUCUACAAGAGUACAGGUGGAUACAAGCCACAUAGGAUAAUUUUAUAUCGUGACGGUGUCUCCGAGGGUCAAUUCCUUCACGUACUACAACAUGAAUUAACUGCCAUUCGUGAGGCAUGUAUCAAACUCGAGGCUGACUACAGACCCGGCAUAACGUUCAUCGUGGUGCAGAAGAGGCAUCACACACGCCUGUUCUGCGCGGAUAAGAAAGAACAGAGCGGCAAGAGCGGUAAUAUCCCGGCGGGCACGACCGUCGACGUGUGUAUAACUCAUCCGACGGAAUUCGACUUUUAUCUCUGCAGCCAUCAGGGUAUCCAGGGUACAUCGAGACCGUCUCACUAUCAUGUUCUUUGGGACGAUAAUCAUUUCGAGAGUGACGAGUUACAGUGUCUCACGUAUCAACUGUGUCACACUUACGUCAGAUGCACAAGAUCCGUCAGUAUACCAGCACCGGCGUAUUACGCUCAUCUAGUAGCAUUCCGGGCCAGGUAUCACUUGGUCGAGAAAGAGCACGACAGUGGGGAAGGAUCUCAUCAGUCGGGCUGCAGCGAGGACAGGACGCCCGGCGCGAUGGCACGGGCGAUCACGGUUCAUGCCGACACAAAACGAGUUAUGUAUUUCGCAUAAUUCCGUUUUCUUUACGAGUCGAGCCACCCUUACGGAUGCCGGUCGGUCUUCAACGCGAGAGAAGAGCCUCGACGCACCGCAACGGUGGCUCAGUGACGGAGCUCGCCGGGGAACUUCAUCGGGCAGCGCGGAUCCAGUGGCAGCCGCGCGCGCGAUCGUAGCGCGUCGCGUUACAAAGUGUGUCAUCUCUAGACUAUUAACGGUUAUUAACGGUUAGGGCAAUUCUCUCGAGUGGUCAGUUUUCUUGUGUACUUUCUUUUCUUUCCUAUCUUCCAUUUUUCUUCUUUCUUUUUUUCUCUCCCCCCCUCCCUUUUUUUAACCUUUCUGUUUUAAAGUCGCAAGGAGUCCGUGUGACAGUUUAUCGGAUCGAAUUGUGUGCACACGCACUCGUUUUUAAUCGCGCAUGUAGGCGCAACGGCGAGUUUUCGAUAAAGAUUACGAACAUUGUGUAAUGUACAGAUCGAGUUUUUACGAGAGGUGCUUUUAAGUUAAACGUAUUUCUUUUAGAUUAGGUUAAGGACGUUUUGCAGCUUGACCGGUGGAAAGUCGUCGGUCUUGUAGUCGAACUAAUGCGGAAGGUACUAGCAGACUUUGACUAUGUUAGACUAAAAGACACACAAGGUGAAAUCAGCUGCAAUGCGCAUAUUAUUACGCUUAUUUUUUUUCCUUUCAUUUUAGUAAGGAAAUUAAUUUCUCCUGGCAUUUGUGCACAAAUGCAGGAAAGACCGGACGCGGUUUUUACACGAACUCAUCAGAACAUGAAGUCAGAACAACAACAAUAAUAUAUAUAUAUAUAUAUGUAUUUAUAUAUAUAUAUAUUUUUAUAUAUAUGCAUAUAUAUAUGAAUCGCUAUUCGCGAGGCUGUUAUAUCUUGUUGCAUGUGUAUAGUUAUCGUUUCUCGAACGAGAUAAUUUACAUUCUGUAAGUUUUAGAUCUCCAAUUAUGCUGUGUAGAUUGGCAUAAAACAAUCGUCAUACUUGAAAAUAUUUCCGACUGUGUACUAUGCCGAGAUAGUGCUCGUGACGUAUGUGUAUGUGGUAACUAGAUUUACUGCUGAAUAUUUACAUCAUCUAUAUGUAAAUUCAUGAGUAGAAUUUUAUCGAUGGAGAGGAAGAAAGAAAUAGAAAAAAAAAUAGGAAAGGUCGACCACGUCAAGCUGCAAAUUGUCGACGAGUAGGACGCGAAUGAGCCGAAAUAAGCUGUAAAUGCUAUAAAAUGCCAACAAAUACAAGCCCUUGGCCAAAGUAAGUUAGGGAUCUGUUAGAGUAAAUCGAAGUGAUCGAACCCUAUUCAUUAAUUUGACUCAUAAUAACAACUGUCAACGUGAUGCCUUCUUCUAGACCCGAGAAAGUGAAUCACGAGAAUCACGUCGUGCCACACUGCUCUGCUGCACUAUAAUGCCGUUUAUCUUUUAUACAACGCACUUUUAAUCAGUCUAAAUCUAAUGUCAUUUGGAGGCAAUCCUGAAGUUAUAUCCUGCGAAGGACCCACGUAACAACACCAAUUCAUGCGUACACUUUGAAGUAAGCAGCGGAUAGUGAGUAAGAAGGGACGUAACUUUGUACGGAGAGAAAGAGACCCAUAUAUUAGUAAAUGUAAAAAAUUGAAAAGCGUUAUAUAUAUACACACAUAUAUAUGUAUAUAUAUAGAAAGAUAGAGGUGAAGAAAGAGAGAAAGAGAAAGAGAACAUUGUCGCUAUCUGUGAAUUAUAAUUCCGUAGCCUUAAACUGUGGAAAAUAUUGAGGUUUUAAUGCGAAUUAAGCGCUCUCAAUAUAAUUUUUUUUUUUUUUAAUAUAAUUUAAUAUACCGCACUCCGCCUCUCCCUCGCCACUUUUAUGCCCGCCCUCCCCCCGUCUGGGGGUUAGGAUGUACAUUUUAUUCUACUCACUUUAGUUUCUUAUUGCGCGUUAUCGUAUUGUACACUUUGCACACAGCUCUUCAUCUACGCUUAUGUCGACUAUUAAUGAUGCUCAUAUUAGCAUAGCAUAGCAUGUAUUAAAACUUAUCUGUGUUAAAAUGAGCGGGAGUAUCGAGAAUGAAAGUAAAGUGAAAAAAAAAAAGGUGUCCGAUUUCGGUGUGAGACGAUCGGAGCGUUGUCUGUUUAAACGAGAGAUAAUUAUGAGAACGUAAAUGAAAUUUACAUGGCAUUAGAUCUGGGCUGAUGUCAAGGGCCCUUAAUGCAGUGAACCUCAAUGCAAUGACCUGGAAUGUAAUGCAAACCUCCACGCCUACAAUACCUACUAACAUACAUAAAUAGAACGAAACCUGGACAAGUGAGAGAUAUAUGAAUCAAUAUCAAAUAUGGUAACGAAUAAUGUGGAACAUAAAAUGUAACAUAGAAUAAGCUAUGUUUUAUUCGACGCAUGCGAAGGAAAAUUUUAAAGUUCUCGUAUUUUUACUCUAUAUACAUAAUAUAUACAUAUAUAUAACGUGUUCUAACGAAUCCGAUGCUUCAAUCAAACAAAUCUCUCACCACAAUCCUCUAUGUAAUAAUGACAUUGACAAGUAGCAUUACAGUAUACCGAAAUUUACGAGCCUUGCAAGCAUCUCUGACUGUAUAAUGAUGAAAUCAGUUUUUCUAGAUAGAACGUAGCAUAUAAUUACUAUCGGUAUUAAUUAUCGAUAUUAAUUACUGAUCAUGGCGUAACGACCGAUUACGACGACCGUCUUUGCUAUUAUUAUUAUUAUUAUUAUUAUUAUUAUUAGAAUCAUUAAUAUACUAAGAUUCUUGUAUGAUGAACACGGGUGAGUUUAGGUGGGACUUUUCUUCGUUGCAAUCAUGAUUUUAACGAUUUCGUAGAUCAGUAUUAGUAAAAGAUGUGCUUACCCGGAGAGAAUUCUCGGGAAUACCAUGUUGCUGAUAACUAUAAUCGAUGACUAUAACCGACGACUAUCCAAACACUUACGCGAGAAGUUGACAAAAAUACUUCCUCUCGAUUGUAUUAAUGAUUCUAAUGUUUUAGGCUUACAAGUGAUGCAUAUAUAUAAUAAUGUUAAUAUUAUCUCCGAAAGUAAAGAGGACUCGAACUACCUUUAAUAUAUUUAUUCUAGUUGUAUAUAUAAAUUUAAGUCUGUACACUCUGUGCGGACUGGUGGCUACUUACAAGUUAUCACCUUGGGAAGGUAUCGGAAGUGACGUUUAUGAAUAAAAAUGGAGUGCAAAUUAAGUAAGGCUUUCAACUUUCGACAUCGGCGCGAUCGAGCGAGCAUUCACGUUGUAAUAGCUUGGCUGUAAUCGGAAUUGAACAACAUAACUGUUCGCGACAAUAUAGCGGUAAGAGGAAUUAGUGAACGAUGUAGCGAGUCUAGACUGGCGCCAAAAAAUCCGAACAUACAUGAACCGAAUACAUGUGUAAGAGAUGUACGCGAAACCGUAGGUAUAAUGUAGCGCAGGCCUGCGGCCGGUUUGCAUUUUUCCAUGGUUAUCGCUAACUGCCAUCCUCACUCCUCUCCUUUUAUAGCAUUUAGACUCCUCUUGGAGACGUAAGACGCUCGAUCUCAGGGAGGGUAUUAAACAUUGAGCAGCGAGUGGGCCGACAUUCGCCAAACUCCGUACGAUUUCAAGCUGACACCAUCCCUUGCGUCUCCGAGAGGAGUGGGGAUGGCAGUCGGCGGUAAUCAUUGAUCUGUUCUUUAUAGAUACCACUGCUGAAUUGGCGCGAUAAGUUGAAGUGAGAAAACGUAUACUUGUCUCACUUCAACUUAUUGCAUUCAGCAGUUCAGCAGUAUGCAGCUAUAAAUAACAAACCACAUGGAAAAGCGCAACCGGCCGCAGGCCUGAUGUAGUGAGAAAGAAAACAAAAGAGAAAGGGAGUGAAGGAAAGACGAUUAUUCGCCGUUAAUUAGCUCUUAUUCGAUAUUAUUCGCGUUGUUGAAGUUGUACCAGAUGUCCUAGUGCGCGAGAACAAGUUUACAUAUUAGUAUAUACGUAUUAGUAAAUUAUAAAUCAUUCAGUGCUCCGCUAAUGAGGCCAUACAGAUCUAUAAAAAUAAUAUUCAUAUACAACAUAUACAUGUGUGUGUAUAUAUACAUACAUAUAUACAUGUGUGUGUGUAUAUAUAUACAUAUAUACGUAUAUAUAUAUACAUAUGCGCAGUAUAAAGUGCGUUAAAACGCGAUAGAUGAGUAUUUCCAGAAGCAUUGAUAACGAAUUGAAACAGAUCAUCGCCGGAUUAUUUUCCGUACUUGCUUGUAUCUUCAUGUAAAACUACGUGUGUCAAGGAAACUCUAAAGCGACCAAUUAUUUCUUUUCUUUUUUAAACGUAAUAUGUGAUAUAUUUUUCUUUACACGGAGAGAGAGAUAGAUUCUCCGUUGACGUGCGUGUAAGAGCACGAAGUGGACACUUGGCGAAAUAUUUCAUAUUUACAGAUAUUCUGACAUAAAACACAAUAUCUCGUCAAAUAUUCGCCUUUUGUCAGCCUUGCUUUUGUACUUUUGCUCUCGGACGACAAGAAUCAAUUGAUGUACCUGUUCUUUGUACGAGUAAGUAAUGCACAACUGCAUUUUUCCUUAAAUACAGCUGUUUUUUUUUUUUCCUCGACAUCGAUGAUGAUUCUCGACAUUCAGUGUAUCUGUCAUCGAUAUUUGUGGAGAUGCUCACCUGUCGCGCUGUCCUUAUCCUGCGUUAUCUUGCUAAGGCAAAAUCGUGAUUAAGGCAAAAAUUCUUGAUUAUUAUAAGGCGAUUUGCCUUUUGAGGUGAAAUAAGCAGCUAGAAUAAUGUAUAAUUGGCGGGAAUGAAUACCAAAAUGAGACGAGGAAUCACGCAUUUCGCUUACCUCGUUUUGCGACUAAGAACAUAAGAACGUAUUACUAUGCAAGGCUACUUCAAUUCGUUGCGCUCUUCUUUCUCUUGGUCGUAGAUUGCUCGACACGUAACCGUAGCGUUUGAAUCUUCUACGCGAAUAUUUUAUCAAAGGCCGUGGAAAGUUUUGACCUUCUCAUAGCUUAACACAUUGCUACGCUAUGUAUUAAGAUUAAGCCUCGUCGGAAUAAUAUAAUUUCAUAAUCGAGUCUUUCGUGAAAUAUUCGUUAAGAAAAUACCAACAGGUCGUAGAUUUGCCGAGAAACCUACAAUCAAGAGAAACCGCGUGUCUUCGAUUAUAACAUGUAUACGUUGAAACCUUUUUGAUAAUUUGUUUCCUUGUUUCUAGAUAUUUUUUUUUUUUUAAGUUCUACGUGAUCACACACGAUAAAGGCAACAGGAUUUACGUUUCGGUGAUUAAUAUACGGAGAAAUGUGUUAAAAAUUGCUGUGUAUGAAGCCCGUUAAAAAUUGCGAUGUAUGUGCCCGGUAUUAGAAAAAAACUCGCACGUUUUAGAUAUUGUGUAUUUAUAUCUGACGCGCUCUUUUAAAGUGGAGGAGCGUUGCGACGCCAAAAAAAGAAUUAUGCGAACUUUGUCAGGCGACGGCAUUUAUAAUUAAUGACGAUUUUACUAUAGACGAUGUAUAAAGGAAGUAAUUCAGUAUAAAGCGAGUAACUCAGUAUAAAGGAAGUAAUUAUCAGGAACAGAAGUGCACUAUAGUAAGAAGUGAAAUAUAGUAAAAGUGAAGAGCUGUAAAUUAAAUAGUUAACUUCGUGUCGCGUAAUAUUUAAUAUAAGAAAAAUAAUUUAUAUUUGUAUACCUAUAUAUAAAUACACAUUCACAUUCGCAUAUACAUUCGUACACACACAUACACACACAUAUAUACAUAUGCGUACGUUUUUAAGUUGAAAUGUUGAAAUGCACGUAAUACAGAGAGUCGCCCAAUCGCGUUCGCUAACGCGGAUCUAUCCGAAUAACACAUAUUAUAAACAAUACCCUCCUACUGAACCUAGUGAACUGGUGAACUUAAAUGCCCGAUUUUGCAGAACCGUAUUUUACAGAGCUUUACGACUUAUAGAUAUAUAUGUAUAAAUAUAUACACACAUACACAUACAUGCGCGCGCGCAACAUUAUUAACUUUUACUGAUAGUAAGUUAUUUUAUCUCGAAAGGACGAAUGCGUACUUCUACUUUCGGCGUCGCCGUAUAAUCGGAAGCAACAAGCAACGGUCGAACAGAAUUACGGGUUUUCUCGUUCAAAAUUGUCAUUAACGCCAUUGAUUCUCUACAAUGUUAUUUUCGCAAUCGUGCACAUUUAUAUUACGUUUUGUUAUUACUAAUACAAAUUUGCGAAUUUACAUCCACUUUGUUUUCCCUCAUACGAAUGGUACAUGCGUGUAUUAAGCUUUUGCUUUUUGAAAUUGAUAGGGAAAUAGGACAGAACGAUCACACAUAUUGCCGAUAAUAUUGCUAAAUCAAGAAAUGUUCCCAUUACCCGUGUCGGUGAGCUUUGAAGAUUGAGAGGAGGGACAAGGUGAAGUUUUAGUUACUAAAACGAAUCAAUACAGUUCCGCUAUAUCGUUCGCAGCGCGAAAAUAACGAGUCGCGUCGAGUGAGCGUGAAAAUCUGCCGAAUAAAUCGCUCUGAUAAAUACCUUUUUCUUACCAUUUGCACGCGAAUAUUUACGACAGUCAACAACCGGCGAAUAAAACAGGUGAUGCGCGAGUCGAAGGUAGAAGAUACUGUGCGGUCCUUUCGAAUUUGCGCGACCCGAUUUAUCGGUAGAAUAAAACCGAAAAGGUACUUUAUAACGACAGGAAUGUACGACCUUUCUCGUGAACGUGCGGACAAGGAUUGACUUUAUUGUAAGUUUGCUACCACUUAUUAAGCCGCGUGCAACGCGUCACGCUCGCGAAGUCCGAAUUAGAUUUCGAAGUGUCAGCUUUAAGAGAGUCAGCGUCCAACUCGGACGAACGAUCAAUAUUAGCGUUUCACAAUAGCGUUUCGCAAAUAGCUAACGUGACAUACAGAGGUUGCGUGGUUUACUGCGUAGUACGUAGCAUUUAAGGGCUCUGUAGGUUAACGUUGUCUGUACCAUUUCUUUUUCCGGGCGUCUCUACAUGAAUAUUAUAUGCUGUGCCGACCAAUGAGUUAGUGUCACGAGUGAGCCUGGUUGAGAGAUAACGUGGGAUUGCUUGGUCGUGUCCUUACGUGACGAUGACUAACGAUCGCUGAGAUCGGAGUAACCACUCUGAUUAGUGAUCUAGCACCGUUGUAAAAGUAACGCUUUAUAGGCUUAAGUUCGACCGUCGGUUGUCUGCCGACGAAAUGACAAGAAUGAAGCUCGUCGUUGUCGUCGUCGUAAUCAGCGAAUUUAUUUAGCCUUGAUCAUUCAGCUGAGGGAUCGCGCGCUUUCCCUCUUGUCUCUCUUCCCCGUAACGUGUUAUUUCGACAAUAUCGCGCGCUUCGUCAGUGAUCUCGAGACCCCCCACCCCCCCGAAAUGCCAAUCUUCCUUCCCAAAGGAUGUCACACGCUCGAAGCACGAUUUCGUCGGGACGACUUGAGAGAUUCGUCGAUCUGAUCGUUUUCGUGCUUCGAGCGUGCUUCAGCGCUAAAGCACUGUAGGCACGAAUUAGCGUUAUUAAAGUAAAGCGAGCGUUAAAGAGAAGCAUUGAAGCGAAGGAGAAGAGGAAACGACCGGUCGUUCGACGGGUAUUUACAUUUAAGCGACUUUGUGGAUCGGUAUGUAUGCUUCAUUUCUGCGAAUGAAGUAACUAGACGUAGCUGCGUUUCCCGAGUGAUUCGCACGGUGGAAAUCGAGCGAGCGAUGUAUCUCUCACCGUUCCGUCGAAAAAAACGUCAAUGGGGCAUUAAUGGAUUCCUUUCGUUAGACUUCAACAUCGACGGAUGUUUCGCAUUUCCAUUGCAAACCAUAUCAAUCGCGUGUGUUAAUCCACGAAAUCCACGUUAGCCUAGGCCACCGACCGAAAAAUUUCACUUUAGAAUAUGUUAUUACACAGCGACAGUCAGAAUCGACGUGUGUAUCGAAAACGCGUUUUUUCGAUUCCCUCUUCUUUUUUGUUAUACUCAAAUAAAAUAUAUAUGUGAAAAUG